AUGUUGGUCAAAACGCAACGAGAAUCUCAUGAAAAAGACUAUUCUAAACAACAAUCAUCAUCCGAAGAAGUUAGAGUGGAAGUUCAAGAUUUAGAAGAUGAAUUAGAAGAACUUCAGUCCAAAUUUGAUCAUCAAUUAAGUUUACUUCGAGAACGUUUACAACAUGAAGAACAUCGGCGGAAAAAAGCCCAAGAAGAAUUGCAAACAAUUAAUUCAUUAAAUGAUCAUUCAAUGACAGCAAUGAAAAAAACUCAUGAAGAAUUGCUUGAAGAACUACGUCGGCAUUACGAAGAACAAAUUACUACGUUACGUGAUGAACAUGUUGCUGAAUUGCAAGAAGAAAAAAAAGCUACCAAGAUGGCUUUGGAUGCUGUACAACGAGCUCAUGAUGCUGAAUUAAAAAAUAUAGCAGAAAAAGUUCGUACUAUGUCUAGCUGUGGUACUGGUACCAUUAGUUCUGGGAUAAUGUCAUCAUCCCAAGCAUGCACCUCAGUUGAUAUUCGAAAUGAUAUACAAUCUACUAGGCAAAGUAAAAUGUUAGAACAAAUGAGCACUGAAUUAGCACAAUUGUCGGCGUUGUAUUCGGCCAAAUGUCUCGAGAAUUCUCAGCUUGAUGAGAAGAUGUCGUUAUUGCUUGCUGACAAAGAAAAUCAGUCCUUGUUAAAGUAAGU